AUGUGGGCUGUUGGUGUGUCACAGAAGACUAUUUAUCUGAUUGAGGUAAAGGCUAUCAGGGAGACUAUCAGUGCUAGCUGCGAACUCCUCGGAGUGCCGGAAGUGGUGCGGGAGCUGCCUCUGACCUCCUCUGUGGACGACUUCCGGCAGCCUCGGGCCAGUAGCACCAGUAACUUAGAGACACCUUCACAGAGGGCCCCCAGGAAGGGAAAAGCCGGCAAGCCCAAGAGAGCAGAGCAAGACCACUAUGAAACAGACUACACGACAGGUGGCGAGUCCUGCGACGAGCUGGAGGAGGACUGGAUCAGAGAGUAUCCACCCAUCACUUCAGAUCAACAAAGACAGCUCUACAAGAGAAAUUUUGAUAGUGGCCUGCAGGAAUACAAACGCUUACAAGCAGAACUUGAUGACGUCAAUAAAGAACUUUCUCGUUUAGAUAAAGAACUGGACGACUAUAGAGAAGAAAGUGAAGAGUACAUGGCCGCUGCAGAUGAAUACAACAGACUGAAACAAGUUAAGAGAUCAGCAGAUUACAGAAGUAAGAGAAAUUACUGCAAGCAGCUGAAGAGCAAACUAUCACACAUCAAGAAGAUGGUUGGGGAUUAUGACAGACAGAAAACAUAGAGGGCAGAUGCCACGUUGCUGGAAAAAUGAAGGUGUCUCUGUAGUGUUCUCAGAAGACAAACGACUGGACCAGGAAGCCAAAACUUUGUUAUCAUUACAGAGUUUUGGUAGCAUUUGUAUCAUCAGUUUCGUAUCAUCAGUAUUGAACCAUUUUAUAAAUAACUUUUGAUAAUCACUUGGGCUGAACACUCCAAUUAAAAAUUUUACAGUUUAAACAUUGGUUUCUGUGUUAACAAAUACUGGGCCAGGCUUUAUGCUGUACUAUUUGUAAUCCUUGCACUCUAGGAGGCUGAAGCAAGAGGACUGCAGGUUCAAGCCCAGCCUGGCCAACUCAGCAACUUAGUGAGACCUGUUUCAUGUUCGUUUGUUUGUCUGUCCAUCUGUCUGAGACAAGGUCUUACUGUGUAUUCUGGGUUGGCCUGGAACUCACUACGUAGCUCAGGUUGGCCUUGAAAUUACAAAGCUGGGGAUGUACCUUAGUGUGAAGGCUCUGAGGUCAGUCCCCCACACUAGGAGAAAAAGAAAGAACAAAAUACUGCUCCGGGGUUUAAACCUUCACACCCUAGACAGUGGAUACCUAAGUACUUCUUAUCACAUAAGCAGUCUCACUAACCCUACUAACAACCCUUCAGAUGACUUACUUACAAUUUCUUUUCAGAUAAGGAACCUUGGUCCUUGCUAUAAGUCUCUGAAAUGAAACUACUUGUUUCAAGCAUGCAGUUUUGGUUAAGUCUGUUUUAUAACUCUUCUAAUAAGGUUUCUGCUUCUCAUAUUUUAGCUACUGUGUAUACUGAGUUCUACCAGCCCCUGUAUUUGUUACUAUAUUUAAAUGGUUAAAAAAGGAUUUUUGUUUUAUGUUACAAUGGAUAAUUAAGAUCAUGUAAAGUUGAGAUCAUGUAAAAAUUAGAUGUGUGAAAUUUAAAGACUAUAAAUAUUUAAUUUUUGAAAAUCUAAGUUUAAAUCUAGUGGUUACAGUUUUGUGUAUUUUUAAAUACUUUUUAUCUUUUAUGGUUUACAUGUGUUUUUUAUAAUCAACUCAACAUUUUCACUAUAUCAGUAUCUGAUUAAAUUUAUCUUUUAAUUAUGACUUGAAUUAUAUCUUCCAGGAAUGUUCAAGUUUUAUAAAUGUUUUGUAAAUAUUAAGCCUGGUAUUUUUUCUGUAUACUAUAUCUACUUAACAUCAUUAAUAUUAAGCUGUGUAAUACUAUACUCAGGAGUUGUCUCUAUUUCAAACUAAUUUCCCAAUCCUUUCAUUUUAAGAAAGUGGAUGUAUGAAUGCUAUCUCAUAAAACAUCAAAUUAUUUUAAAUGGUGCUCCAUCUUUGGUUUUUUUUUUUUUUAUCUUUUUGAAACAGUCUUGCUAUGCUGUUCAGCCUGGCUUUGAGCUCAUUUUGUAGCCCAGGCUGGUCUGGAACUUGAAAUGAUACUCCUGCCUCAGCCUCCUAAGUGCUGAGAUUACUAGUGUGUACCACCAUGCCUGGCUUUCAUUCUUUUUUGAAAAGUGAAAAGUUUUUUUAAAGUCAAAGUUUUAUUACUAAAGUAAAAUUAGUUGAUAAUUCUGCAGUAACCACGGUAGUUGUGUCCAUCUAAUUUCUGAUUAAGACUUUAAGAAUCUUUUAAAAAAUAAUCUUUAAUCUUUAGUGUGUAAUUCAAACAUUUGAAAAUAUAAUUAUUUUCCAAAGAUAAACUUUAUUUUUUGAUACAAGGUGUCACUGUGUAGUUCAGGUUGGCCUUGAACUCACUAUGUAGCCUGUGCUGGCCUCAAACUCUACAGAAGUCCUCCUGCCUCAGCCUCAAAAGUACUGAGAUUACUGGCCUACACCACAAUGCCUGGCUGUCCAAAGAUCAACUUUUAAAUAAUGUUCCCAUGUAACACUGAUUCAUUUCUUCAAAUUGAAGAAAUUCUUAGUUUUCUACAUGUGAUACAUAGUGCAAAGUAUAUUUUCAUAGCUUUUAGAUUUAUAUCAAAUGGAAAGACUCUUGAAAUGUCUUCAUUAAGUUAACUUCAUUACGUUAAAGUUUUUAACUCCUUGUUCUUGGAAGUUUGUCAGUGUUCUCACAAAACAGAUAUUCUGCCGAAUGCAGAGAAGGAAAUAGAGUCAUAUGACUGUAAACUUGUGAUAUAAAAUUGGAUUUUGAAAUUUAAAAAGUGAGAAACUACAUUUUAGAUGUGGUACUUAUUACUAAAGAUUACUUUAGGAGCCAGGAUCAAGGCAUUUCUGUUGGUGUUGACAUUAACUCACUGGAUGUAACUUUGUAAAGCUAUGCCUCAAAUUAGUUUCCUAGUCUGGAAAAUAAGAGAAUGAGAUUCAGCUUCAGAGAUUAGAUUCUCUCCCAUCUGUCAUUUGUGGUUCAUGUGUCUCCAUUCUAUUUUCUACCAUGAAUUACUGUUCUGAAGAAUUUCUUAUGAAAACAUUUGGUCCAUCUUCUAAAAAUUUCCCUGAGUAAAGUGAUGCCCUAAUUCAUAAUUUUGUAUUAUAAAACUGGGAUCAGGAGCUGGAGAUUUAGCUCAGCAGCAUAAGCGCCUGCCUUGCAAGCGCGAGGUCAUGAGUUUGAUCCCCAGUACCGAUAAAAAAAAAAAAAGAAAAAGUAGGAUCUGUACUAUUUUAUUUUGAAAAAUGUAAAGAAAUACAGAAAAGUAUAAUGCAUGGACCUGCCACCCAGAAAUAAUUUGUUGUAUGUACUUUGUAUUUUUCAAAAUGCAUUUUAGUAUUUAUAAUAAAUAGUAAUAUUGUACAUAUAUACUCACACAUAUACACUUGGAACCUCAUUUAAUUCUUGGAAUACUCUUGACAUGUAACCAUUUCUUUUUCUCGGUUUUUUUUUUUUUUUUUUUUUUUUGUCUUUUUCCUUUUUAUCGGUACCGGGGAUUGACCUCACGACUGCCUGCUUGCAAGGCAGGCGCUGAUGCCGCUGAGCUAAAUCCCCAGCCCCUUCUUAUUCUCGUUUUACAGAUAGGAAACUAAUGAUUUGAUAGAUUAAGUGGUCCAUUGUUGUACUAGCAAAUGGCAAAACUGCAGAUUGGAAACACAGUCUCUUCAACUCUUAGGUCCUAUGCUUCCACCCUAGGUAGGCUUUGUUAAUUAAUGGGCUGUAUAAUGUAAGAUCGCUCUGACAUGUAAAUAAAGUAUUCUGUUUUAAUGUUGAA